CUGCCAGGUGUCGAAAUCGAUUUCAUUAAACAAUCAUCGUCGAAUGGCUUACUUAAAUCAUGUACAACCACGUCGUUGUUAAAAGGCUCAUCAACAGUGAACCUAGUCUCAUUGUCACAUUUGAUGACCACAAUGCUUUCAAUACCAUCGACCACUUUGGGUGAAAGAUUAUUUUCAUCAGCUACAGAGAUCGAAGACCUUGGGAUUUUUAACGACAAGGCUGUGAAAGGACGGUACUUAGUGGGUUGGAGAUGUUUGUGUUGUUUCUCUUUUUUUCCCCAACUUUCUAUUGCGUCCAAAUGGUUAUGUCUAGAAAUUUCUGAGAUUUUUCUUUUCCUAUUCACUUUGGUAUUUAUCUGCCUAGAUUCAUUGUCAAAAUCUAAUGCACGCGUACAAGUUUUUUUUCUAAUAUUAUACUUUAUUUGUUUGUGUGCAUUCAUCACACGCUCUCUCAUAAGUCUUAAAAACCGACCGCACUUCCACCUUCGGUCACCAUCAAGUAUGUCAACUUUUACAGUUUUAAACCAAGAUUCAACGGUAGCAUUACUCUGGCGGAUUUCAAUGCCAUUGUUGAGUUUAUUAUUCAUAAUAGGUGUCCACAGUGCUAAGAAAGGUACACACUUGACUAUAAACUCGUGUAAAUAUGAUUCAUCGUAAUAUUCAUUGCUUAUAUUUUCAUUAUUUACAGAACAAUGGGGCAAGACGCUAGAUUUUACAUGUUCUUUGAUAGACUGAAAUCUACAGUACAUCAUAGACUUAUUUGUGUCGGAUUCGCAUAGAAAUUUAUUUAUUUCAUCUGAAUAAUCUUUGCCUUCGUUGUUUGAUUCAUUCAACAGUUGGUGGUUAACAUUACACUUGUCUCUCAUUGUAUUAAUAGCAUUUUUAGUUUCUCCUGUACUACAUGGAGACAAUAAUAUUAAUGAAAAUAUUUUAAGCCAAUUUUCAAUAUCCUGCAAACUCUUUGCAUUAAACAGUAAACAUAUCCAAUCGAUAACAUUAUUUCUUUUCAUCUUUUCUACAGUCUUAUUGUGAUUUGUCUCAGAUUGAAAGUAUGUAUAUACAUGGUUUACUAUGAUUUUUGUGUAAUGAUUUACACAGAUGUUAAUGAUAGUGACAUUAGACCCAUCAAAAUUUUCAACCAAUACUCUGUAACACCAGUUAAGAUAAUCAAAUAUGGAAGUAAAACCAUUCCAUCCUAUACACAAUGCAUUCAUUUGUGCAUAACUGAAAUCUGUCACUAUGUUUGUGAAUACAGGCCAAGGCAGUUUGUGUUUCAAAACAAAUGCUUUGAAAGCGUUCAACCAUUGUGAAAUUGCAACUAUAUCGUGUGCUGAACUAAUCAUCUCUACAACGGGACACGUUACACUCGAAUUCCUAGGUAAAGGUACAUUUACCACUAGAACAUAGUAAAGUACUCUUUUGGUGUUCUUGUCAAUUUUCCUGACCAAUGUACCAGUUGCAUCCAAAUAACCAGUUACUGAUUUUUGAUUUUUAAUUAGUUUUUUUAGUAUGUCCAACUGUUCUUUACUAUAGCAGUGUACAGACGGUAUACCUACAUGCUGUACAAAGUUGCUUUCUUUAUCGUUACACAUCAAUAGAAUAUCAUGAAAAUCAUCUUUAUCAUAAUCAUCAGCAGUCUAGGCCUCUGAUCUGAUUUUUCUAAUGACAUCAUCUGAUUUAAUACCUUGCAAAUUGCCACAACUCAAUUGAGUGGGUGAUGCCAAGUCAACAGUGUCUGACCUGAAGGAAAACGCUUUAGUCUUUUUUAGCACUUCUUUGUUCAAAUCUCGCUGAAACCCUUUUACGUGAUUUGUGAGACCAUCAUCAUCUGGAUUGUGAUGAUAAUUCAAACCAGAACUAUAGAUAUUUGCUACGAACGUUCCAUUUGCAAGCUGGACUUUAAUCCUAAAAGUCUUACACCCCUCAUGGCUACAAUACAUGUACACAUUGCAAUGACUUUUAAAAUAUCUGACCAUUUUCGCAUUAAUAACACAUGUAUUGUUCACAGUUCUAAUGCGCUUUCUGAACAUAAUAGGAUAUUUUGUUUUGUCCAAACGGGUUUGACUUUUGAAGUUUGUAUAGUUCAUAAGGGACCAUUCUUCAAAUGAAAAUUUGAAAGAUCCUUCAAAAAACACAAAAUCAUGGUUUUCAUACUGUUUAGGAAAUUGAUUUUUUGUUUUUAGAGGUAGAACAAUGCCAGACUUUACAGGUGUUUUCUUAUAAUAAGCAUUCCUGAGGGGGCUUGGUACAUGUUUUCCGUUUGUUAUUUUACUUGGGGUAACAAACACAGAUUCAUCAUUCAUGUUUUCUGGUAAAAUUGGAGUACUACUAGGUAUUAAUGGAUCUCUCUUAGUUUGAAUGAAAUCAAUUUCUGCCGAUGAAUUUGUAUAUUCAAAUGAUAUAUCAUUGUCAUUAUGCAAAAGUUCAGACUCUGUGUGCACAGUAUAAGAAGAACAAUUUUUAAAAAUAUCAGCAUCAUUAUCAGAGUUUUCAUUAAAACAAAAACUAUUUGUAUCAAUUAUAUUGUCUGUGUUAUCCAUUUGUAAACACGAUGAUGACAGAUUGAAAUACUUUUUACAUUGUUUGUACACUUUAUAUCUGUUAACUUUAUUUAUUGUAACUUUAAUGUGUCCACAUAUGUUGGAUAGAGUUGUGUAAUUAUAAUUUACAAAAUCGUUAGCCGUGUAAUUACAAUACUCAAUACAUUUUAUUAUUUUAUUAUUAUUAAAUUCUGAUUUAUUAGCUAUAACAUCACAGUUCAUAGUUUCAAUACACUUUCGAAGAGAUGAAUUUUUUCUUUUAAUAGCAUUCACUAUAGAUUUUUUCAAAUUGUGAUCAUUACCUUUCUUAAAAAUGGUCAUGCAAAUAUUACUUACACAACUAUCUGAAACCGAGACAUUUUCAAAAUUUAAUUCUGGAUAUUCGGUGUUAAUAUAAUGAGCUACCUCUUUCAAUUUAUCUUUUAAACUCAUUUUUAACCUUAUAAAUUAUUACUUACAGUGUCUGAAACAGUAAUUCUUAGACACUUUUGAUUGUCUGAAACAGUAAUUCGUCGACAGUUUUGAGCGUCUGAAACAGUAAUUCGUCGACGGUUUUGUGUCUGAAACAAAAAUUCGUCGACACUUAAAGCUGUCAGAGUCUAUACUCCUCGGACAGCUACAACAAACUACAACUAAAACUAAAAAAUUAAAAUUAAACGAAAUAAAAAAAUUAAAAUUAAAUGAAAUAAAAACAAUGUUAAAAAUAAAACACAAUAAAAAACUAACAAUAUUAUAUAUUUAUAACAAUUAAAUGUUUAUAAUGAACACUGUAUAAUAACAAAAUUGAAAACACGAGGAAUAAUUCGAAUAGUAAAUAUUUCUAACAAUUAAAUGUUUAGAAUUAACACUUGAAGAAUACCGCAGAAACACCGAAGUGAAUUCGCAAGGAAAAAACUGCGGAAAACCAAAUUGAAAGCGCGAGGAAAAAAUCGGAGAAAUACAGAAUAGAAAACUUGAAUAAAAACCUGGAUCACUUGUGCCUGUAAAUACAUACAUUUUAAUUAAUGUAAUUAACAAUAAAUAUUACUGCAUACAAUAAUAUUUUACACUUUAAGAAAUCAUCAUUAAACUUGUGACAAUGCGACACUGACACACAUGUACAAAUACAACACAAUAUUAUAAAAAUAUAAAUAUAUUAAAGACAUGAUUAUUUUAAAUUGAAAAAAAA